AUGGAUCCCACAAAAAAGGGUGGGGAGAAAAAGGGCCCUUCCGCCAUCAAUGAGAUGGUGAUCCGAGAAUACACCAGCAACAUUUAUGAGUACAUCCUUGGAGUGGGUUUCAAGAAACAUGCUCCUCUGGCACUCAAAGAAAUUCGAAAAUUUGCCAUGAAGGAAUUGGGGACUCCAGAUGUGUGCAUACAUACUAGGCUCAAGAGAGCUGUCUGGGCUAAAGGAACAAUGAAUGUUCCAUAUCGCAUCCGAGUACGUUUGUCCAGAAAACGUAAUGAAGAUGAGGAUUCAUCAAACAAGCUCUACACAUUGGUAACUUAG